UUGGAGACGGACGUCCACUGCACGGCCCCAGCACCGUUUGGUUUCAGUUAGCGCGCUGCAGCAGUGUGCCUGCGACCAGUCAGCAGUGGGUCUCGAUAAGUUCAUAUCGUACACGAGAAGGAGAAAGUUUACCACAAGUUUGCAUUUUCAUUUUGUUUUCUCGUUUAAUAAGAAAGAACUUAGAAGGAAUUUCGUUACAGACAACAUCUCCCGACUCGAUCAGAGAAGACGCGAUUUUUUCCUGAGAUGGAUGUAACUUUUCCUUUGUACUUCUUCAUAACGCGGUGCUGAGAAGGAUACCUUAUAACUCGACCAGUCAUCUGAUAAACGUCAAAGACAGAUGAAUGUUUAAAACGAAGGAGUGAAAAUGAAGACCGCUGCCAAGGGUAUUGAGAAGUCUAUAAUGGAUCCUUUGCACCGUGAGUGUUGGUGGAGCAGAAGGAUAGUGCUAAUAUUGUAUGUGGCCUUGGAGCUUAUAACAGUCCAUUCACCUCCUGUCCUUGGGACUCUUGAGCUGCAACUAGAUGAGGAACAACCAGCGGGCACGAUUGUGGGUGACAUAAGCGCAGGACUUCCCACUGGAGUCACAGCCUCCUUAUUCUUCAUUUCAGACCACGAGGGCACCGGUGUGGGCAGUGAUUUGGAUAUAGAUGAAAGCACAGGUAUAAUUAAAACUGCCAAAGUUUUGGACAGAGAGUUGAGGGACAGAUAUAACUUCAUUGCAGUAACCAUGACAGGUGUGACAGUGGAAGUGACUAUCAAGGUUAAUGAUAUAAAUGACCAUGCUCCGAAGUUCUCCAGACAAAGGGCUACGUUUAAAAUUCCUGAGCAAACAGUAAUCGGCACUAGGUUUCCUCUUGAGCCAGCUGUUGAUAAUGAUAAAGGCCAGCUUACAACACAGGGUUACCUUAUCAAGGAUGGGAAUGUUGGCCAGGCAUUUACCUUGGAGACCAGGAGGGGAAGUAAUGAGGUUCUCUUUUUGGACUUGGUGGUCAAUACCAUUUUAGACCGAGAAAAAAGAUCAGCCUAUACCUUAUCUUUGGAGGCCUUUGAUGGUGGAUCCCCUAAAAGGACUGAUCAGAUGACAUUAGAUAUUACAGUGCAAGAUAUUAAUGACAACGCUCCAGUUUUCAACCAGAGCCGCUACCAUGCCAUAAUAUCUGAGAACCUCCAACCAGGAAGCAACAUCCUGCAGGUGUUUGCCACAGAUGCUGAUGAGGGAGACAAUGGGAUGGUGCUAUAUGAAAUCAAUAGGAGACAAAGUGACCCAGACCGCUACUUUGUCAUAGACUCUCGCUCUGGCCUCAUCACACUAAACAAGCCACUGGAUUUUGAAAUGAGGAGAGUCCAUGAACUGGUGGUCCAAGCACAAGACAAUGCAACCCAGCCAGAAGUGACCAAUGCCUUUGUCACCAUCCAUGUCAGAGAUUACAAUGACAACCAGCCCACAAUGACCAUCAUCUUUCUUAGUGAGGAUGGGUCUCCCAGAAUCUCUGAAGGGGUACAACCAGGCCAAUAUGUUGCCCGGAUCUCAGUCACAGAUCCAGACUAUGGGGAAUAUGCCAACGUCAACGUCUCCCUAGAGGGAGGGGAUGGAAAAUUUGCCUUGACCACUAAAGAUAGCAUCAUCUAUCUUGUCUGUGUGGAUCAGAUUCUGGACCGUGAGGAGAGAGAUUCUUAUGAGCUGAGGGUGAUGGCGACAGACUCUGGCACGCCUCCCCUCAUGGCUGAAUCUUCCUUUAUCAUCCAAGUGACUGAUAUCAAUGACAACCCUCCACUAUUUGACCAGACUGUCUACAGACAAGUCAUACCUGAAGUGGUUUUUCCAGGCAGCUUUGUGUUGCAAGUAACUGCUAGAGACAAAGACCAAGGGCCUAAUGGGGACAUUAGCUACAGCAUCCUGCAAGACCAAAGUCUUUACUAUAGCUGGUUCAGUAUAGACUCUGUUACAGGGAUUAUCACCACCUUAUCCCAGCUGGAUUAUGAAAAGAACCCGAGUCCCAGUAUAACUGUGGUGGCCACAGAUGGAGGGAAACCACCCCUUUCUUCCACUGCAGUGGUAAACAUUGUACUUCAGGAUAUAAAUGACAAUGAACCUAUUUUUGCAAGAAACUUCUACAAUGUGUCCAUCAAGGAAAACACAGCUCCAGAGACAUGCAUUCUUGAGGUGACUGCGACAGAUGCUGAUGAUGGUUCCUUUGGCUCCAUUACCUACUCCCUUGGCUCUGGCAGUAACAGUGCUGUUCCCUCUCAGUUCACUAUUGGCAAGGAGACUGGCCAGAUCUGCACUAGUGCUGUCCUAGACAGGGAUCAAGGACCGGACAGUUUCGACUUUACUGUUACUGCCAUGGAUGGGGGUGGACUGAGCUCGGUAGCCUAUGUGAAGGUAGACCUGGUCGACAUUAAUGAUAACAGACCGACUUUUUACCCACUCAACUAUGCUGUUAGUCUGAGUACACAGAGUGCCCCUGGGACAUCUGUUGUCAGAGUGACGGCCUAUGACCCAGACUUAGGCGAAAAUGGCAAACUUACAUAUAAAAUAGUACCUGGAGGGGCCUCUCCAUACUUUACUCUCAACAAAGACACAGGAGUCAUCUCUCUGUCUCGGUCAGUCUAUGGGAAGGCCAACUCCAUCAUUCCUAUGGUCAUCUCCGUUCAAGAUGGCGGUGGUCUGUUCGCUUUAGUUAAUGCUAAGGUGAAUAUAAGUGUGGUGGCAGGGUUGGUGGCACCACCCUUAUUUGAACACACCCUAUACUACUUCACGGUACCAGAAGAUGCCCUGCGGGGGACAGUUGUUGGCAUUGUCCAGGCCAGCAGUAAGACAGGCACCUCCACAGACAUUGUCUACACCAUCAGCUCAGGUGACCCUGCAGGUUACUUUACUGUGGAUCCUGACACUGGAGUCCUAAGGACCAGUCUGCCUCUUGAUCAUGAAUCCCAGUCAGCUCUUGAUGUGGAGGUGCAGGCCCGUAGUGGCAAUCCUCCGGCCUUUGGCCAGACCCGUGUCCAUAUCACCAUUGCAGACAUCAACGAUAAUCCACCUGUUUUUCUGCCCUCUUCAUCAGAGUCCCUACUGCUGCCUGAGCACACAGAGUUGGGCACAGUGGUUUAUCGGGUCCAAGCUGAGGACAGAGACUCGGGAGUAAAUGGACAACUCAGCUUUGAUCUUUCCUCUCCAAGUGGAAUCCAGAGGAUCUUCAGCAUAGAGCGCAGCAGUGGAGAAAUACGAUUGGUUGGCAGCCUGUGCUAUGAAACUACCCCUCGUUAUGACCUCCAGGUGGUUGCAAAGGAUAGUGGAGUACCCCAGCUAAGUGCAACACUCAUGCUUGUGGUCCACGUCCAGGCAGAGAAUGACCAGGGACCUGUGUUUGAUACACUCACCUACCGGGUAGAACUAAAAGAAGGAACACCAAUAAAUACACGCUUCCUGCAAGUCAGGGCACUGAACAGAGAGAUCCCAGGCUCCGGUCAAUUUGGACCCCUGACAUAUCACCUGCGUCCAGAUGGGGAUGCUGCAGGGUUUGGCAUUGCUUCUGAAAGUGGCUGGCUGUUCGUAAAGAGCGCUCUGGACAGAGAAGUAAAGGACAUGUAUUUGCUAACAGUGCUGGCCAGUGUAGGCCAUGGACAGUUAAAGAAGACAGGUAGCGCUACUGUGCGGAUAUCUGUAACUGAUGAGAAUGACAACUCUCCUCGGCUCACACAGGAGAGGGUUUUCAUGGCUGUGAGAGAGAACCUGCCUGCAGGAACAGGCUUUGGUCACGUGUUGGCCACGGACAGAGACAGCGGCUCCAAUGGACGCCUCAGCUACCGUUUCCUGCAUCCUUACCGCCACUUCCAGAUAAACACCCACACAGGUGAAAUCAGUACAAGGAUGACUCUUGACAGAGAACAGCAGUCAAGUUACCAGCUGGUGGUUGUGGCACAAGAUGGUGGUUUACCUCCUCGUACUGCAACAGGGACUGUCUUCAUUACUGUCCUUGAUGACAAUGACAAUGCCCCUACUUUUAGCCACAGUCAGUCAGACAAAAACAUCAUCAUACAGGUGACAGAGGGUCAGUCUGCAGGAGUCAUGCUGGGAACGUUGCAAGCCAAGGACCCAGAUGAAGGGGAGAAUGGCACCAUAAUCUACACUCUGUCAGGUCCUAGGGCUGAGCGUUUCUCUUUGAAUGCAAUCACUGGUGAGCUGCGUUCAUCAUCCCCUCUUAGCCACUCAGAACGAGCCGAGUACUCUCUGACGGUGACAGCUACUGACAGAGGACUGCCCCCUCGCAGUGCCUCCUGCUCCCUCACCAUUCAGGUUAUCAGCAUUAGCCGGCCUACCACGAAGACCAGCUCUCACUUCCUAUCUUUUAACUCUGUGGAAGAGACCAGUCCUGGCUCCAUUGUUGGCUCAGUUCGACUACAUGACAGAGGAACUUUAGAGGAAGGCAAGGUGACCUAUACAAUAGUGGGGGGCACAGAUCGAGAUGGAACCUUUGUUGUGGACCGUCUAACUGGUGAUGUCUACCUGGCUCGUCCUCUUGAUUAUGAACGAGACACACGGUACAAUCUGAAAAUUGAGGUGGAUGACUUCUUUCAGGUCCCUCCUAGUAGCACCCUUGUCCACUUGGACAUUGACGUAGAGGACAGCAAUGAGCACAGCCCUGAGUUUAUUGAGGACCCCAUCACCAUUGUCAUCUCGGAGAGCAUGGAGGCAGGCUCAUCAGUCUAUACUUUCCAAGCCACAGAUAAAGAUGGCAGUGGGCCCAACAGCGAGCUGGCAUAUUCCAUUCUCCACCAGUGGCCAAACACUCCUGGCCUUUUAACCCUUAACCCCAUCACUGGUGUUCUUUCUUUGGGCCGUGAGCUGGACCAUGAGGUCACUUCCACUCUGAUCCUUGUUGUAAAGGCAACAGAUUCUGCACUUGAUGCCAGUCAGAGGCGCUGGAGUUCUGUCACAGCAAGGGUGUAUAUAACCGAUGAGAAUGACAAUCCUCCAGUGUUCAUAUCGCCAACAGCUGUUAGUGUGAUGGAGGACCAGCCGGUGGGCUUUGUGAUGCUUUUCAUCAUGGCCAGAGAUGCAGACCAAGGGGAAAAUGGGAGAGUGACCUACAGAAUCCAGUCAGGCAACACUGAGGGGACAUUCAACCUGAAUCCUAAUACAGGCUCUCUGUCUAUUUUUAAACCUCUGGAUCGUGAGGAGCAGGACAUCUUUAACCUCACAAUAAUCGCUGAAGAUCAUGGAAUACCUCAGCUGUCAUCCAGCCAAAUGCUGUGUAUUCAUGUGAUUGAUGUCAAUGAUGAAGUGCCCUGGUUUGAGGAGAGCCAGUAUGAAACCCAAGUCUCUGAGAAUCAGCCUCCAGGAACUACUGUUUUGACAGUGUCUGCCUCUGAUCUGGACCAAGGAACCAACGGACAUGUAACAUAUGGUGGCAUCUCAAAAGGAAGUUUCAGUAUCAACCCAUUCACAGGCAUUAUUACAACAACCAAGACAUUGGACAGAGAGUCUCAGGACUACUAUUCUGUGACAGUUUAUGCAAAAGAUGGAGGACUUCCACCCCACUACGCUAAAGCAACAGUAAGGAUCAAGGUGCUUGAUGUUAAUGACAAUGCCCCUAUCUUUGGACGUGUCUAUUACAGCAUUGAGGUGCCUGAAAACAUGGAGGCAUUACCUCUCUUCACCCUAAGAGCUACUGACCCAGAUGCAGGAAACAAUGGGGAGAUAAACUAUAGAGUUGCAGCUGGAGAUCCAUUGGGAGACUUUCACCUGGACAGGCAGACAGGUGUCCUGUAUACCUCACGGCCUCUGGAUCGGGAAAAGAGAGCUGGAUAUACUCUAACAGUCAUUGCUCAGGACCAUGGCCACUCUCCCCUCAGCAGUACUGCCACAGUAGAGGUGACAGUGCUGGACAUCAAUGAUCACAGCCCACAGUUUCAGAGCAGCAGCUAUACUGCAGACAUUUCCGAAGAUGUUCCCAUUGGCUCACUGGUUCUUGAGGUGAAAGCCAUAGAUUUGGACUAUGGACCCAACAGCCGGGUCAUGUACUUUCUGAGUCAUGGCUCCCAAAGCAUGUUCAUUAUAGACCAGAACACAGGCCGUAUUAUCACAGCAGCCCCCCUAGACAGAGAGAGAACAGCCUCUUACACCUUUGAGGUGUGUGCCACUGACUACUCCCCUGCAGACCCACAUAACUCCACUGCUCAGGUGACUAUCUACAUACAGGAUGUGAAUGAUAAUGCACCCUUCUUCAUUCAGGACCCUCUUAUUGUAAACAUCUCUGCCAGUGGAGUGUCUAGCCGCCAAGUGCUGGCAACCAUGAGGGCAGAAGACAAGGAUUUUGGGGCUAAUGGCUCAGUUUUUUACCGUUUUGCCAACCCUGUGAAGAGCUUUACAAUUAAUUCCCUGACAGGAGACAUCCAGACCACAGAGAAGCUGCAGACUCUGACCCAAAGCCAGAGGACUUUGAUAGUUCAGGCCAUGGACCAAGGAAACCCAGCUCAGUCUUCACUAGGUGUUGUUAUCAUUUAUAUUAGGGAACAGAGUUACAGGGGCAUUCGCUUCUCACGUACAGCGAGGGAUGUGAGUCUGCAAGAGAACGCUUCUAAAGGCACAGUGGUAACACAGACACAGGCCCAGUAUCCUGAUGGCUCUAAAACUGGGAUUAGCUACAGCAUUUUCAGUGGAAACAGAAUGCAGUCUUUUGGAAUAAACACAAUUACUGGUGAAAUAUGGGUCCAGAAAUCUGAAGGAAUUGACUAUGAGGAGACCCCAAAACUCCGCCUAGUGGUAAAAGCUGAGACAGCAUCUUCCAGCUCCUACAUGGCUGUCAACAUAAUUCUGCAGGACGUAAAUGACAACUUGCCCCGCUUCCAGCUCCAGAAUUAUGUGGCGUACAUUAGGGAAGCACAAGGCUAUGAUUUUCCCAUUAUCCAGGUUGCUGCAGAUGACCUGGACCAGGGUCAAAAUGGUCAGGUGACCUACUCUAUCAGGUCAUCAUCCAUGAGUGGUUUGUUUAAGAUAGACCCAUUGACUGGUAGCAUCACUACUGCUGCCAUAAUGGACAGAGAGAUCUGGACCCAAACAAAGCUUGUUGUUACGGCAACAGACCGGGGAACUCCACGGCUGGCAGGCUCUGCCACACUGACUGUGAUCAUCACCGACCUCAAUGACAACAGCCCCAUGAUUCCUUUGCCUCGGGAGAUCCGGGUGCCUGAGGAUACUCUUAUUGGCACAGUUAUCACUCAGGUAACAGGAAAUGAUGUGGACUCAGGGCCACCACUCUCCUACACACUACAUCUGGAUGUUAACAGCCAAGGCAUGUUUGGGAUUCAUCAUUAUGGAGGAGGUGUGUCCUUGACGGGCCCACUAGACUAUGAGGAAAGGACGUGGUAUACUCUGACAGUCCGUUCUUCUGACUCUAAACAUCAAAGCGAGGCCAACCUCACUGUGUUGGUGGACGACGUGAAUGAUAAUGCCCCAAUAUUUUCUCAAGACUUGUAUCAGGUGACUGUAUCAGAGCAACUCCCAGCAGGCAGUGCAGUCAUCACUGUGACAGCCACUGACCGUGACUCAGGGGAGAAUGGAAAGAUUACCUAUAAAGUAAUGUCAUCAUCUAAGGGUUUUUUUGACAUUGACCCAAGCAAUGGCACUCUCUUCAUCAGGCAAAAAAUAGAGUUUGAUUUUGAUCACCCCUCCAUUUUGGUGGUAAUUGAGGCACAUGACCAGGGUAGUCCAUCCUUGUCUUCCGUUGCCACUGUCCAGUUACAAGUAUCUGAUGUCAAUGACAAUGCUCCCAUCUUCCACCAGUCAGAGUACAGAGCCUCUGUGCCUGAAGACAGGCUUCCUGGAUCAACUGUUCUGACGUUAGAAGCUGUGGAUGAAGACCUGUUUAGGGACAACUGUGGUUUUGAUUUUGCAAUUGCCAGUGGUAACUCUGGUAAUGCUUUCCAGAUUGAGAGCAGCGUGCGCUUUAUUGAGGGGCAGGGCUUCCAGACAUUUGGCAGCCUGAUCCUGGUGGAGAAGCUGGACUUCGAAGCUGUACCAAGUUAUAACCUGACAGUUGUGGUAUCAGAUCGGGGAAUCCCUCAGCGUAGCUCCAGUGUACCUCUCCUUAUCAGUGUUACAGAUGCAAAUGACAACGCUCCAGCAUUCAGCCGAACAGAAUACAGUGUUCUAUUGAAUGAGGGCACUGCAGCAGGGACCGAGAUCUUACAUUUAUCUGCCACAGACUUGGACUCUGCCCCAAAUGGAGAGGUGCAGUACUUCAUAAGCUCAGGGGAUGAGACACACCUCUUUCAGGUGGAUCGUUGGACUGGAGCUUUGAGGCUGCAGAGACCUUUAGACAGCGAGACACAGUUGUUCCAUAUGAUUGUGGUCCAGGCUACUGAUGGUCAAGGACAUUAUGCUUUGGCCCCAGUCACCAUUGAGGUGAAGGACAUCAAUAACAACAAGCCUUUCUUUCCCCUUAAACUAGUAACAGUAAGCAUCAGAGAAAAUCAACCCCAGAAUGCCUUAGUCACCAAGCUGCAUGCAAUCGACCACGACAGGGGGGCUUUUGGAAAGCUGAAGUACUACAUGUUAGAUACAUCUAAAGAGGGAAGAGAGGGCUUCCUCAUCAAUCAGACAUCAGGUGAAGUGCGGACUCGUUCUACGUUUGACUUUGAGAAAGUAAACUUCUUCCGCUUUGAGGCUGUUGCCAUGGAUGCUGGCAACUAUACUGCUACUGUAACAUUGCAAGUUUAUGUUACAGGGGAGGAUGAAUAUGAUCCAGUUUUCACCUCCUCAGAAUUCUCAUUUAAAGUGCCUGAGAGAGCAAAGAAAGGUCAAAUCAUCGGCAAGGUACAAGCCAGAGAUGAGGAUGGAGGAGUGGAUGGUGUUGUCCUUUACUUAUUAUCAGACCAUUCGCCUUAUUUUGAGGUUAAUAAAUCAACUGGAGCCAUUACCUUGAAGAUGGACAGUGAUAGCAGACAUGUGAGUCGUUCUAAAAGAGAGGUGCGUCUGGUUACACUGGAUGUGACUGCUCACAGCCCUCUGGAGACCUCUCGAACAGCAGUGGCCAAAGUUACCAUAGAUGUGAGCCACACAUCUUUUGGUCUUACCACAGAUAUGAAUACACUACUUAUCAGUGUCAUUGCAGUUUCACUGGGGACUAUAGUCAUGCUAAUAGUAAUUGCUGUGGCUCUAUUUUUUGUCAAGUUAAGACGUCACAAAAGGGAGCAAAAAGCACAUAAACGCACACCAAUGUCAGGCACCCUGCUGCACAAUCUAGAUGAAACAAAACUAACAGCCAAUGAAAUGAUUUACCACCAGGCACUUCCUGGAUAUGCAGCUGAUCAGAGUGGGAGCGGUGGGGGUCCAUUCACUCGUGGAGGAUCCUUGGAUCCCUCCCACUCCAGUGGCCGUGGCUCAGCAGAGGCAGCAGAGGAUGAUGAGAUCAGAAUGAUUAAUGAAUAUCCUCGCGUGUCAAGUAUCUCCUCCUCCAUGCAGGAACGAAUCUCUGCCAGAGGUCCAGACUCUGGAAUCCAGCAGGAUGCUGAUCAGUUAUCAGAUGUGUCCUGCGAGCCCUCCUUAGACUGGUUCAAAGGGAAGAAAAUGGGCAGUCUGAAUGGUACUUUAUUAGCUGGCCAGGUGCCAAUCUACAGGGAUGAAGGAGGUGGGUAUGUUGGUGUGGGACGGGGACUCAGCAUCUCCCAUCCUAAAGACUAUACCUUUCCUGAAGAUGGAAAGCCCCCUGUAGAUGGCUCUCUUACAGCUAUUGUGGCAAGUGAUGAAGAGCUGAGGGGCAGCUAUAACUGGGACUACCUCCUGAACUGGUGCCCCCAAUUCCAACCGUUAGCUAAUGUUUUUACUGAAAUAGCACGUUUAAAAGAUGAAUCUGCACCUUCUCAUCCUCGCAGAUCAUUUCAUCACAAAGCAAAAGGAGAGUCAAGAAUUGACCCACCACCACUCAUUACCUCUGUGGCUCACCCAGGGGCCAAAACUGUACCUCCAAAGCCUGCCGUAUCAAGAACAUUCCCUCAGUUGGCCUCUUUACGAAGAUCUCCCAUCAGUGCUGAGGGGUCUAUCUCCUCAGUCGCAAUGUCUCCGAGUUUCUCCCCCUCUCUCUCACCACUGGCAGCACGUUCUCCUGCAAUUACACCCUUCAGUGUCUCACAGGGCCCCUCUGCCUCCAUGAUUAGCACAACUGAACACAAUUUGGAGCACAGUGAGGAGGCAGAACUAAGAAUUUAAACUCUUAAUGGGGUGGAAUAAAAACUGAAUAACUGCUGUCCCAAACUUUUUCUACUGUAUGGUCACAGGUUGCAACUUGAAAUGAGUGCUAAUCUCUGCUCUGUUUUCAAGAGAACAAGCACACAGUGUUACUCUAAAAAGUCUAAACAGCUGAAGCUGUGGUGCUUUCUGAAUAGAAACUGCAUCAUUCACAGGCCAAAAAAGACUGUGCCUCUCUGUGUAUUUGUGUAUGUGUGACAAAAACAUUUUUUAUAUUGUUAAUUUGCACAUUGAAAUGGAAAUUAAUACAUGAUGUCAAUAUUUCGUACAAAAUCAUUGUCUAUAUUUUUAUACUUCAAUGUGGUUUCUGACAGAAACAAUACAUUUAAGUGUCAAAGGUUUGUAAAAACCUCAAUAUAUUUCUAUAUUUGUAGCUUGUACUGUAUACUUGUAUGUACUGUAUGUUUGUGGUUUUUAUGGUCAUUCACAGCCUUGUAGUUUUAAAUGAAGCUCCUCAUCAAGAUUUUAUGAACUGGGAAUUUUGUAUAAAAAAUGUAAAUAUUAAUAGAAGAAGAGACAUCUUUAACAAUGAAACAUCAGUCAGAAUAGAGAAUAGAAUCCAGUGUUUGAUCUAUCAUCAUUAGGUAGUAAUGAAUGUGAAAUGCUGAAAAGUUGUCUAAGUCCUUAACAUGCAUUUCUUCAAACUGUGCAGAAGAAAAAUGGACCUUGUUAUCCUCUGAUCUGUCUGUCACACACAUUUGCUGUAAUUUCUCACAACAAGCCUUACUGUUUUUCAUGUUGCAUUGUGAAAAAAGCAGCUAUGUGGCAAAUAUACUGUUGUUCAAUGUUGUGCAGUGACAUAAAAAGACAAUAACAACAUAAGUCAUAGAUUAGUGUUAUUGCAAUACUGAAAUGUACAGCAGGCUCAGCUCAUUUCUGUCAAGCUAAAUUAUCACACAUACAUUUACUGACCAAAUUUAAAGAAGUUUUAGACCACAUUUCUCCAUUCACUAUAUGGAUGGUUUAACAAAUGUUAUAUUUGUUAUAAAAAAAAGUGAAUGUUAAACACCAGAGAAUGUUUCGCGUUAUACUGCUUUCACCCCGAUGCCUCCAUCAUAAGAUGUUCAUAAUCAUAAAUAUGUUUUUGGUUGUCUUUAUAGAAUAAAGUAAUGUGUCAGUUUUCAACAAUAACCACCUAGUAUUCUUGCUCACUGCAGUUUUAGACUCUUUAACAUUACCCAACAUUUUACAGUAAUUCCAUUAAGACAGACACUUGGAAGAUUAUUUAUAGGGACUGGAAGAAUAAACAUGAAAAGCACCAAUGUUUGUAUUGUUUUGUAUUCAACAACUGUUGAGAUGUAACUUGCUGCUUACAUGUCAUGUUUAUCAUUACUGGAGAUGAAUCAGAAGAGAAAUCCCCCAAAUGUUCACAGGUAUUACUCUGCGCUUGUCCAGAAAAAUUAAUUCAGAGCAAAAAGUGCCUGAUUAAAGUCCUUUUGAU